AUGUCGUCACAGAUUGUCAAACUCGGUAUCGUACUACCAUUACUGGUGGUGGCGGUCACUGGACAGUCUGCAUUCAACGUGGAUAUAUCCAAAAUUAAUAAUGCAAGCUUGGAAUUGCUGAGAAGCAGUAUAGAGGUAAACUUUUUUUUUUUUAACUAUCUAGAAACUUUACCCCUCUGCAUUUCCAAAAUACAAAGUCACUUUAUCCGCGUUUGUAUAAGUUUUUACAGGAUCUCUAAGGAACAGUUUAUUUACCCGGGUUUAAAAUUAUGCGAUGUUUGUCUCCAGGAUGCAAGCUCGGAAUUGCUGGGAAGCAGUAUAGAGGAUGCAAGCUCGGAUUUGCUGCGAAGCGGUAUAAAGGAACCUAAGUUGUGUGAGAACAGAGAGGGGCGUUUAGGUGUUUGUAUUAAGAGCUACCUAUGCGUUAAUGGAAUAGUUGUCACAGACGGCGCAGGCUUAAUAAAGAAACGCGAAGCUUAUUAUUUCAGCUCAAUCUACGGUUGUGGUGAACUCGAUCAGGUUUGCUGUCCGUAUGACAUGGGAUCAGACGUUGAUUUUGAGGUAACCACUCCAAAGCUAGAAACCUGGGUCACAGAAAAAGUUACCGGUAUUAAACCUUGGCCUAUCGCAGCAGAUGAUCGCAAAAACAAGCAACCGACCGAAAAAACUACAGUAUACAAAGAAAUCGUCGGUCAGUCUAAAGAAGAAAAGGGAAUUGCUGCCACCGCGGAAUAUGAAACAGAUGAGGAAAAUGAGAUUGAGAACGAAAAUGAGACAGAGAAGGAAAAUGAGAUAGAGAACGAAAAUGAGACAGAGAAGGAAAAUGAGAUAGAGAACGAAAAUGAGACAGAGAAGGAAAAUGAGACAGAGAACGAAAAUGAGAUAGAGAGCGAAUAUGGGAUAGACCAAGAAGAAGAGAUAGAGGUGGAAGAUAUACCUCCGUGCGGAGUGCGCCACAUUUCGGCGGUAUCACCUUGGCUGGUAUACAUUAAAAAGCUGUUUGUGUGGAGGAAGCAUGACAAUUCCAAAAGCGACGUGGCUGGCGGCGGCACCCUUAUCCACCCCAGUGUUGUGCUGACCGUAGCACAUAUAUGCGACUCCAACCAACAGCUGCAGGUCCUAACCAGCGGAGAAGACAGGCAAACACGGGUUGUUAAACAAGUAGUAAUGCAUGAACGCUAUAAAAGAGGGUUUUAUAAUAAUGACAUCGCGCUCUUGAUUCUGUCGGAGCCCGUAAUCCCGUCCCCCCAGAUUGCAAUGGCGUGCCUGCCGUCCGCGAAUACAGCGGCGCCCCAGCAGUGCUGGGCCCACGAGUGGGCAAGCGAACCAAGCCUCGGGAGCACGAAGACCAAAAAGGUGCUAGUUCCCGUAGUGAGUCACCAGGAAUGCCAGAAUAAGUUGCAAAAAAGCAGGAAGAAUCCCCGGCGUCCCUGGAAACUACAUCCGUCUUUUAUGUGCGCCGGCGGAAACCACAACGUGCAGUUCUCCAAGGGCGAUGAAGGGUUCCCACUGAUAUGCCCAAAGCAGAACCCGGAAGUUCGGCACAUGCUCUAUGGUAUGACAUCGCGGGACUUAUUCUGUGGAAAACAUAGCGACCCAACAGUUUAUGUGGAUGUAGCCAAAUUCCGCGAUUGGAUUGAUGCGAAAAUAAUGGCGAUCCGCCUGACAACAAAAACUUAUACCAUACGCGAUAAAAUAAUUAUAGAAUACUAUUAAUAAUUAAAGUGUCCUAUACGACUA